GUAGCUUUCGUGUGUGGCGGAAGAUGGCUGACAGCGUAGCUUUGGUAGCCAAAAGAUGCGACUCGGGCUCUUUGUCGUCUGUGAGCAUGGAGACCAUCUCCGGGCUGACGGAGCUGGACGACCUGGAGCGGGUUUACCAGCAGCUCUGUACCGAGGAGACAGAAGUGGAUGCUGAGCUCGACAGGCUGGUGGGACAGGAGGGGAGCAUUCACACAAAGAUGCUGGCACUGCAGAGGAUGGGACCGAAUCUACAGCUGAUUGGAGGAGAUGCCAGCCAGCUGUCAGGCAUGAUCACUUUCACCUGCAGUCUGGCUGAAAAUGUCAGCCGAAAAGUCAGACAGCUAGACCUGGCAAAAACCCGGCUUUAUAACGUCAUCCAGCGAGCUGACGACAUCCUGGACCUGAAGUUCUGCACUGACGGCGUUCAGACGGCGCUGCGUAACGAAGACUAUGAACAGGCGGCUGCUCACAUCCACCGCUACCUUUCUCUGGACCAAUCAGUGAUUGAGUUGAGCCGUCAGGGAGAAGAAAGCAGCGCUGUGGACGCCAGUCUGGUGAUGCUGCAGGAGGCGGAGCAGAAGCUGAAGGUGAUCGUGGCAGAGAAGCUCGAUGAGGCUGUAGCAGCCGUCGACCUGGCUCAAGUGGAGAGGUUCUUCAAGAUCUUCCCUCUGCUGGGCCUCCACCAGCAGGGUCUGGCCCGGUUCGGCCAGUACCUGUGCAGUCAGCUCGCCUCCAAAGCUGAGGAGAACCUGCUGUUGGCGACAGGAGGCGAUCUGGGAGAGAAGAGAGCUCUGCUGAUAUUUGCAGACACUUUGACGCUGCUGCUGGAAGGCAUCGCUCGUGUCGUUGAGACUCAUCAGCCCAUAGUGGAGACGUAUUACGGUCCGGGCCAUCUGUACACCCUCAUCACUCACCUGCAGCAGGAAUGCGACCGUCAGGCCCAGAAAAUUGUUGAUAAGUUCAUCCAGCAGAGAGGAUACCACAACAAGUUCCAGAUUGUCCAGACCAGCAUGAUGAAGAGCGUUCCAGGGGAGAGGAUCGAGCCGAGGGAGCUGGACCCCGUGCUGACAGAAGUAACGCUGAUGAACGCCAGGGCGGAGCUGUACCUGCGCUUCCUGCGUCGCCGCAUAAUGGCCGACUUUGAGGUUGGAGAUGGUCAGAGCAUCACACCAGAGCACCAGCAGAAUGUGGAGAAGCUAAUCAAGCACUGUUUGCUGAGCACCAGGAUGCAGGAGCUGAUUGGAUAUUACAUCCCAAUGGAGGAGUACUACAUGAGAGAGUCGGUCAACAAGGCUGUUACCAUGGAUACUUACGAGAAGGGUCAGCUGACCAGCAGCAUGGUGGACGACUGUUUCUACAUCGUUAAAAAGUGCAUCAGCAGAGCGUUGUCCAGCUCCAACAUCGACUGCCUCUGCGCCAUGAUCAACCACGCCAACUCUCUGCUGGAGUCAGACUUCAGAGAGGUGUUGUACAACAAGCUGCGGCAGGGCUUCCCGGCCACAACGCUUCAGGACAUCCAGCGGGGCGUCAGCAGCGCCGUCAGCCUGAUGCAGAGCAGCUUGCAGCAGGGCAAGUUUAACACGCUGGGCAUUGAGAGCACCGAAAACGCCAAGGCUGCCUUCCUGGCCACUCUGAAUAACGUGGAGGUUUGCAGUGAGAAUAUCACAACGCUAAAGAGAAACCUAGAGAACGACUGCUCCAAGCUGUUCAGCCAGGGAGUCGGAUCUGGUGAAAAAGCAAAGAUUGAAAGCUGCUUGUCCGACCUCAUCGGCACUUCUGCAAAGUUCAAGGAUCUAUUACAGGAGGGUCUAACAGAGUUGAACACGACAGCUGUAAAGCCUCAAGUCAAGCCCUGGAUCAGCAGCUUUCUAUCCAUCUCCCACAACAUAGAGGAGGAAGAGUUUAAUGACUAUGAAGCUAACGACCCCUGGGUGCAGCAGCUCAUCGUUAACCUGGAGCAGCUCAUGGCAGAGUUCAAGACGGCCCUCAGUCCUGUCAUCUACGACACUCUGACCAGCCUGAUGACCAGCCUGAUCUCUGUAGAGCUGGAGAAAACCGUGCUCAAAUGCUCCUUCAGCAGGCUGGGAGGGCUGCAGUUUGAUAAAGAGCUGCGGUCUCUGGUGGCGUACCUCACCACGGUCACCACCUGGACCAUCAGAGACAAGUUCGCUCGCCUCACGCAGAUGGCCACCAUCCUCAACCUGGAGCGGGUGACUGAGAUCUUGGACUACUGGGGUCCUAACUCAGGCCCACUGACAUGGCGGCUGACCCCCGCCGAGGUGCGUCAGGUUCUGGCUUUGCGGAUCGACUUCAGAAGCGAAGAUAUCAAGAGGCUGCGACUCUAGAUAACGAGCUAGUGGCCGUCUGCAAUGUUUGCCCAGCUGAUCCCAGUCUGCAUCAGUUCCAGCUGAGCUUCCAGAGACGCGGUUUCACAGCAGCGGCGGCGAGCGGCCUGAUCUUUAGUUAACUGUAAAAUGUGUAAUUAAAAUCAUAAAUGUGUGACUGUAUUACAGUGGAGUAUUUUUAACUUGUAGCGGGCCGAGAGAGAAACGGGGACACACCGGGAGCGUGGAGUGGAGCUGUGGGGCCGCUGGUGCAGCAGAGCAGUAAUGAACGUCCCGGCCAUUAAACUGACAGAAGCAGGUCAGACAGCUGAUCCAGCCCAGUCAUUCAAUAUAUGAAUAGCUCCUUGCCGGUGAUGAUGGAACACUUUUAACCUAAUAAAUUGAGGGCUUGCUGCGCUGCGCUCCUGAUCCCUGUCAUCCAGCACAUUUCACUGCCAUGCCAGAGCUGCUCCCAAUCUUUUUUUAUGCGUCUUUCUGACUCCAAACGGGCAGCUUUGUUCACGAGGCAGUGAAGCAUCAAAAGUGGUUCACUCUCUCAUAAUAUGCAGCCUAAUUUCCUGGUCCAGCCUUAAUUCUCUGUACAGAUUAAAAGCAGAGGGAACAGCUUGUUACGUCGCGGCGCAAUCAAAACUCAAGACCGCCAAAGCAGAGAUAGUUAGGAAAAGUGUGGCUUUAAUGUAAACACAACAUUCGAUUGGCUCAGCACAAACAUUCCACAUGAGAGCAACCAAUAAACUACUGAAUAGGAUGGGGGUGCAGCACAGAAACAUUCACAGUAAAAAAAAAAAAAAAUCUGG